CUAAAUGUUGCCAGCUGUCAGUGACAAUCUUAUCGUUGUGCGACUAUGAAGUGCUGCUGACAACACUCUAUACGCGCGCGCAUAUAACUUUGUACAUAAAUGAAUACAUAGAGUAUACGGUUUUUGAUUUGCGAUGAUCUUUUUUUCCUCUCGUAAUCGUCGACAUCUCCGGUGGAUCUCAGUUAGAAGGGAAUGAAGCAACAAAAACGUAACCGUAAAAGGCGUAAUGCUUCGCUAAAUAUCUUACUGUGUUCUAUGAAAUUAUAAUAGCGUAGCAACAAAUAUGUACUUACAAGUGAUCUUCCGCCAACAACAACAAUGCACAGCAGCAAUAUAAUCCGCGCUUACGAACACAGCGAUGCACCUACGAAAAGCGAUAAAUCUGUGUUUUGAAGUGAAAAAAAAUAAAGAUAUACAUAUAAAUAGCUAGUGAAAUCAGUCAACACAUAAAAAAGAAGCAGCUGUAGAAAAAAUCACAUAGUGUUUAAAAUCGGAUAGUUACACUUAAGUGGCAUCUUUUUGGUUUGCAUCGCACCGCAACCAUCAACGUCCAGUCUUAUAUCUAUCCGAUAACAUAAUAUUCAGUGAGUUAGCUGCACUGCAAGUCACUAAAUACCUUCAGUUAUCAUUUUAAAUGCGCUAUAACUAGUGUUAUAUAACGAAAAUGCAACGAGAAAAUUCGAAUCCGCUUCAACAGCAGCAACAGCUGCAAUCGCAAUCGCAAUCGCAGUCGCAGUCGCAGUCUCAUCAAGAAAUGCAACAAUUCUCGAGUCAACAACAAUACUCGAGCAUGCAGCAGCAGCAACAAAGGAUUAGCCGCACCGAACAACGCACCGUCCAAAGUCAGCAAAUUACUCAACAAAGAGUGCAACAACAACAUGUAGGCGCUGGCGGUACCUACACUCCGCCAUCCCUAACGCACAUUUACGCUCAAGGCGAUAUUUCACCACCGAUAUUUGAGCAAAUUUUCAAGAACGCCCGCUUCGCUCAAGGCGGCAAUGCCCUCUUCGAGGGUAAGCUAUGUGGCAAUCCAAAGCCAUUCGUUUCUUGGACCCGAAAAGGCGCACCACUUCUCGAGUCACAAAAAUUCCGAAUGACCUACAACGAGGCCACCGGCGAAGUAUCGUUGCUGAUUAACCAAAUAGGACCUGGUGAUGAAGGCGAAUACACAUGCACCGCACGCAAUCAAUAUGGCGAGGCCAUAUGCAGUGUUUACAUCCAGCCUGAGGGCGCGCCUAUGCCAGUGCUGCAGCCCGUUCAAAAGCUCGAUAAGUCAUCGUACACCAACGGCUAUUCGUACACCUCGAUUGAGGAGGAGUUCCGUGUCGAUACAUUUGAAUAUCGAUUGCUACGCGAAGUGCAAUAUCGUGAGGCUAUUACACGCCGUUCGGCUUACGAACAAGAUCAACAUUUAACGCAGGAAUUGGACCGCACUUUGGGUCCUGCUCAUGCACCACAAUUAUCUCAGAAGCCACGUAGCUCGAAACUUAUUGAAGGUUCUGACGCCGUUUUCAGCGCUAAGGUGGGCUCUAAUCCCAAGCCACGCCUCACUUGGUUCCAUAAUGGUCAACGCCUGGUAACAUCGCAAAAAUACGAAACUUCAUAUUCCAGUGGUAUUGCUACGCUGCGGGUUAAGAACGCCACUUACCAAGAUGCCGGCCACUAUACGCUGCUUGCAGAAAAUACCCAGGGUUGCGUAGUCUCUUCAGCCGUUUUGGCUGUAGAACCAGCUGCCGAAAGUACUCACGAACCGAAGCCAGUCGAUGUUACAGCAGAACAGCUGGAAGCUGGUAAAGCCUUGCCACCCACUUUCGUGAAGGGCUAUGCUGAUCGCGAAGUCACUGAGGGUCGCAUGACUCGUUUUGAUUGCCGCGUCACUGGCAAUCCUUAUCCUGAAGUUGUCUGGCUAAUCAACGGCCGUCCUGUCAAAGAUGAUGUAUCACAUAAGAUUCUUGUCAACGAAUCUGGUAGUCACUCGCUGAUGAUUACCAACGUCAGUCGUCUGGAUGCGGGCGCAGUACAGUGUUUGGCACGUAACAAGGCUGGUGAGGUUGCCAUCGAAGCGCAACUGAAUGUGUUGGAAAAAGAACAAAUUGUCGCACCACAAUUUGUUCAAAGAUUCAGCACAAUGACCGUACGUGAAGGUGAACCCAUCACUAUGAGUGCCAAUGCCAUCGGCACUCCAGUGCCACGCAUCACAUGGCAGAAGGACGGUGUGCAAAUUUCGUCAACUAAUGAACGAUAUAUAGGUAUUGACGGUGGCGCCACCUGCUUGGAGAUUCCACGCGUCACGGCCACCGACGCAGGCUGGUAUCAGUGCACAGCACAAAAUAUUGCCGGCUCGACUGCUAAUCGUGCAAGACUCUAUGUAGAAGUUCCCAGAGAACAACCGACACAUGAACAAAGACGUCUCAAUUUACCGCGGCCAACGAAAAUCAUCGAACCAGAGCCUGUACCUGGUCCAGAAAUAAUUUAUUUACGCCAUGUAGAACGCAUUCUCUACGAAGACCACUGUGUGGCGGAUGAUUUUUAUUCUAUGCGAUAUGAGCAGGUAAGACAACAUAUCGUCAUCCUUAUGCCAGAAGCAUAA